ACUUACCACCCAAGAUUUUGUCUCAUUCUACGCAGGCAUUGUUUAUGAAACAGCGCACAGCAGUAAUAUUAAUAUUUCAUCCGUUUUGUCAACUAAUGUCAAUUACACCUAAAGUCUGCUUGUUCCCAGCCGCCGGCCACCAACUGCGACCGAGAGCCUCUUCCGCUUCCCCCGAGUCUACCUCACCUUCUGCGCUGCAUUGUAUCCGAGUAUCAUGAACCCUGCCAACUGCCAUGGCCGACACUCUUGCUCCGGUGGUCACGACCGCCAUCGACUAUCAGGACAGCCCGAUUGACAAACCACCUGCCAUAACCUUUCCCUACCCAGAGAGACAUGAUUCUGUUGGCUCCCAUUCGCAGGUCGAUUCGGAAACCACACUCUACGAAGCACCACGUCGCCGGAAAGACUCAAAGAAGAGGUACUCGGACACAGUAGUCGACGAGAACGAUAGGUUUCAAAGACCAAUCUUAGCUGCCCACAAAUUUGAGACCGAGAUAUCGUAUCCUGUCGCACCAAGACCUCCCGCUCCACUGAUGCAGCAUCGUUCCACCAUAAACCAGCGAAUCGCUCGAGCCUCCGAAGACGCCGCAGUCUUCAGUGAGUCCGACGGAUGGUCUUCUGAUGAUGACGAGGGACCCACGGAACUACAGAAGUCACACACUGCGCCAGGCGACAGUGCACUGGCAAAGUCUCAUCUCAAUCGUUCCCGCGUGACACCGAGGCGCUCAAACCUCAAAGUCGGUAAUGAGUUUUUCCAGUCAAGAGGACGAGUUGCAAAAGAUGGCAGGCUGAAUAUCUCUGUUAGUGAAAAGGCAGAGACUGGUUACCUUGCGAAAGCUCUUGGGGCGACAAUUAAGCGCCAACUGGGCACUCACCAUGCCCAAGAUCUCGAGGACGCGGAACAGGCAAAAAGGGAUUUCCUGCACGCGAAGCCUCAGAUUCCACGGCUCCACAUUGUCAUCAUGGUCAUUGGCAGUCGCGGUGACAUACAACCUUUCCUUAGAAUCGGCAAGAUCUUACAAGACAAAUACAACCAUAGAGUCAGGAUCGCCUCUCAUCCAGCGUUCAAAAAGUUUGUUGAAGAAGAAGUUGGACUAGAGUUCUUCUCUGUCGGUGGAGAUCCUGCAGAAUUGAUGGCCUUCAUGGUCAAAAAUCCUGGCUUGAUCCCGUCAUUCGAAACAGUCAAGACCGGCGAAGUCGGCCGGAGAAGGGAGUCCAUGUACCAUAUGUUCCAAGGCUUCUGGAGAGCUUGCAUAAACGCCACUGACGACGAGACGGAUACCGCAAACUUGAAGAUGAUGGGAAGCAAGCCUCCUUUUGUGGCCGAUGCAAUCAUUGCCAAUCCGCCCUCGUUUGCUCACUAUCAUUGUGCUGAGAGACUCAGUAUCCCUCUGCACCUGGUGUUUACGUUUCCCUACUCACCUACCCAGGCCUUUCCGCAUCCUCUGGCCAAUAUCAAGUCCACCAAUGUUGACCAGAGCUAUGUCAACUACAUGUCAUACCCUUUGGUCGACUUGAUGACCUGGCAGGGCUUAGGAGAUCUUGUCAAUCGAUUCAGAGUGAAGACUCUAGGUUUAGAGCCUGUCUCGACGUUGUGGGCUCCUGGUCAACUAUCUCGACUGAAGGUGCCGAUGACGUACCUCUGGAGUCCCAAACUCGUCCCCAAACCUGCAGAUUGGGGGCCGGAGAUCGACAUUGCUGGCUAUGUAUUUCUUGAUCUUGCGUCGUCCUACAAGCCACCUACCGACUUGGCCAACUUUCUCGAUCGGUCAGGAGAAGAUAAACGAUCUAUAAUUUACAUCGGGUUCGGGUCGAUAUCAGGGAUUGAUGACCCGACGGCCUUCUGUCAGAUGAUAUUCGAUGCGGUUGAAAAAGCGAAAGUCCGUGCGAUAGUUAGUCGAGGCUGGGGCGGUAUGGGUGAUGGUAUGGACAAACCAGAUGGAGUCUUUCUGGUUGACAACGUACCACAUGACUGGCUUUUCCCCAGAGUUGACGCAGUGGUUCAUCACGGUGGCGCAGGCACCACUGCGGCAGGUUUGAGAUUUGGGAAGCCAACAAUGAUUGUCCCUUUCUUUGGCGACCAGCCAUUCUGGAGUGCCAUGGUUGUUCGAGCCAGAGCCGGGGCAAAGGAAGCCCUACCACUGAAGAAACUCGACAGCGACAAGUUUGCUCAAGGCAUCAAAGAGUGUCUUGAGCCAGAAGCACGAGCAAAGGCUGAAGAGAUUGCCAAAGGUAUUCAGGAAGAGGGGGAUGGAGCUGAGAAUGCCGUGGACUCUUUUCACCGAGCCUUGCCCCUGGACGGUCCUCAUUCGAUGCGUUGCGAUAUAAUGCCUGACCGUGUUGCCGUCUGGAAGACCAAGCACACUUCUGUCCAGCUAUCACCUCUUGCGGCGGAUGUCUUGGUGGAAAACAGGGAACUUUUAUAUUCGGAUCUGCAGUUGCAGAAAAUCCGUGAGUGGAACGACUUUCAGGGACCCGGUGAACCUAUCACUGGUGCUGGCGGUGCAAUUGUGCAGGCUUUUCAAGAAGCAUUGCAUGGACUGAGCGACAUGCACGAAGAGACCAAAAAAGAUAUUCAAAGAUUUGAAAAACACAGGCGGAAACACCAAGGAAAAUCGGCCAUCGAUGGACUUAUCCUGCCGGGGAAAAUCGCUUAUGCUACAAGAGGGACCAGUGUGGAGGAACAGAGAAAGGAGCAUGCCCAGAUAGAGCGAAACCUCAACCUUCGGGGCGAUGCAGAGCCUUUCCGACUCCCGGUCAUCCUUUCACGACAGGGCUCGGAUGAGGCUGUCAUUUUGAGCCGUUCCACAACACAGUCGUCUGUUAGAGGUCCUUCUCAAGCGGUGGUCAUGAUGAAACAUAUUGGUGGAGGUAUCGGGCGAUCAAGUCAUGCGAUAUUGUCAUUACCAUUCAGAAUGUUGAACGCGACGGCCCUUGGUUUCCACAAUGCACCCAGACUGUAUGGAGACAAGACCGUGCGACCAGCGCCAAGCAAAAAGAUCACCGGUCUAAGAAGUGGUAUGAAGGUCGCUGUUACCGAGUGCUGGUUAGGUAAUUAUGAUGGUGUCCUGGGAUUGGUGCGCCUGCCACUGCUAGAAGUUCGCGAAACAGGGUGGCAAGGGCUUCCCAAGGGUAUGGCGAAGGGCUUUGGCGGUCUUGUAUUGAAACCGAUCGCCGGCACGCUUGGGUUGGGGGCAUAUACUUGCAAAGGCAUUCGUCACGGAGUGAAAAAAAGAAUACGCGACACUGAGAGAACGGAUCGAUGGAUCUGUAGAGCACGAAUCGCACAGGGACAAAGAGAUGCCGCCAUUCUCAAGAACGAGAAUAAGAUGAACACCAAUACACCAAUGUACGAAUAUUCCCGGAGACAGGCUGAGAUUGAUGAGAUUCGUGAUCAAGCUCUGCGAAAAUGGACUACGUAUGACAAAGACAAGGUGAACGAAGGUAGAGAGAAGGAGAAUCGAAAGGCAAAGUUGAGGUUGAGUCUAGGCUCAGGUGUUGAAAGUAAGGGAGUGAAGAAGGGGAAGGAGAAGGACAAAGAGAAAAACAACAAGAUACCCCGAUCACGGACAAGAUGAUCAUGACCUUGACGAUGGCGUUGAGCUUUGACUUGUGGAUAUUGAUUGGUUAUAUUAUAUUAUACGGAGUCCGUAUCUAGAUACCACGAAUAGAUCAAGCGAAGGUGUUGAGGUGUUGAUAUUAUUACGUCUCGGAGAGUAUUGUGGCAAUUUGAUCUGAAGCAAAUAAAUUGACAUGAGAGAUAUCCUUUUAC